AAAUCAAAUUGCUUCACCUUUAAAUAUUAGCUUGUUCUUGGACAUUGCAAAGCUGAAAGAUGGCAGCCAACACUUCGUUUAAGCUACAAUUCUUCAUCGCUCUCCUAGUUGUCGCUUCUUAUUCGCAUAUAGUUGCUGGUGAUUAUGAAGACAGCGGACCUGUACCUUCUUUUGAUUGCAAAAGUACCGCUGACUGUAAGGAACCGCGUAUUGUCGGUGGUAAAGCUUCGCAUAUGGUUGCUGGUGAUUAUGAAAACAGAUUAGGACCUGUAAUUUCUUUCAACUGCAGAAGAACCUCUGAUUGCAAGGGAAAGAAAUGCUUGUGCGAUCAUUGCACUUGUCAAAAUCUUAGAUGUAGGUGCAUUCUCAGCGGUCCAUCCUCUGGUGAAGAAGAAGCAUCAAGACAUUGAAUAUUACAAGGGCUGGAUUUAUAUAUAUGAAUAAUCCCAAACCUAAUAAGAUUAACAUUUCUUAUAAGAAAAAAAAAAAGAAAAAUUAACUAUGAAUG